AUGGGGGGGGCAAGGGCGCUGGAGGGGCUGGCGGGGGCAGUGGAGGUGGCGGUGGAGGCGGCGGAGGGAGUGGGGGUGGCGGUGGGAGUGGUGGCGGGGGUGGGGGCUUCGGUGGCGGCGGUGGAGGCGGAGGCGGCGGCGGCGGUGGCGGUGGGAGCGGAGGGGGAGGCGGUGGCGGCGGUGGCGGAGGUGGCGGCGGCGGAGGUGGAGCUGGUCCGGGUGGCUCUGCGCAGCGGGGCCGCUUCGGUGGUGGUCAGCGCCAGCAACAGCAGCGCACUCGUGAGACCCCGCCACCCCAGCAGCUUCGUGAGUGGUACGCUGCGCGUCAGCGGGGUGGGGGUGCUGGUCCUUGUGCCUACGUCUUGCGUACCGGCGACCGCACUGGUGAGCCGUGCGGUGGACCACACACCACCCAGCGCUGCUUCGGCCGCUUGA